AUGGCGGAGAACAUCACCGACACCACCCCGUCGCACCCCGCCCCAAAGGAGGACGACAAGGCUGCCCAUGCCACCGCCACCGCCCACGUCGAGCGGGUACUCUCCCCGACGGACGGGUCCCUCAAGAAAGGGCUGGGGGUGGACGCCGCCCGCGUGGACGAGGAGAUCGCGGCGUACGCGGCGCGCGGGGCAGUCGAGGUCGACGAGGCGACCAGCCGGCGGCUGCGGCGCAUGAUCGACCGGCGCGUGCUGGUGGUCAUGAUCCUGACGUACUUCCUGCAGGCGCUGGACAAGGGGACCAUGUCGUUUGCGUCGAUCAUGGGGAUCCGCACGGACACGGGGAUGAAGGGGCAGGAGUACUCCUGGCUCACGACCUGCAUCUACAUCGCCGUCCUGAUCGUCGAGUACCCGACCAACUGGAUCAUCCAGCGCGUGCGCAUCGCCAAGUACCUGGGCGUCAACAUCAUCCUGUGGGGCACCAUCCUGGCGCUGCACGCCGCGUGCAAGAACUUCGCCGGGCUCGUGGCCGUGCGCACCCUGCUGGGCAUCUUCGAGGCCGCCUGCCAGCCCACGUUUGUGCUGCUGUCCAGUAUGUGGUAUAAGCGGGAGGAGCAGGCGGCCACUGUCACGUAUUGGUAUGCCCGCCUGACCCAGCCCUAA